UUUCAAACGUCUCUCUCUGUUACACCAAUAGCAGCGUCAUAAAGAAAAAGAAAAAGACAUAGCGCUUCGAUUGUCAUCCUACCUGAAGUAGAAAAGCAAUGGCGACGAACAUCGGAAUGAUGGACGGUGCUUAUUUCGUCGGCAGAUCUGAGAUCCUUGCUUGGAUCAACACCACUCUCCAUCUCAAUCUCUCCAAAGUAGAAGAGGCAUGUUCUGGUGCCGUUCACUGUCAGUUGAUGGAUUCGGUUCAUCCAGGGAUGGUGCCGAUGCACAAAGUCAAUUUCGAUGCCAAGAGCGAAUACGAGAUGAUCCAGAAUUACAAAGUGCUUCAAGAUGUCUUUAACAAACUCAAAAUCACCAAGCAUAUUGAGGUGAGCAAGCUGGUGAAAGGAAGACCGCUUGAUAAUCUGGAGUUCAUGCAAUGGAUGAAAAGAUACUGUGAUUCGGUUAAUGGAGGCGGUCUUCAUAGUUACAAUCCAGUAGAAAGGAGAGAGGCUUCUAAGGGAGGAAAAGAAGCAAGCAAGAAAUCAGCACCACAACCAUCCUCAACCAAGGGUUCAACUGCUGCUCCUAGACCUACAUCUUCCCAUGCUCGAAGGAACAGCAACGAUGUUCCUUCAUCCGUGAAUCCUUCUAAUCAAUCAGCAAAGGCACCAUCCAAACCAUCUACAUCAGUGGCUGCGUAUGAUGAACAGAUUACUGAGUUGAAGCUAUCUGUGGAUAGUCUUGAAAAAGAGAGGGAUUUUUACUUUGCAAAGUUGAGAGACAUUGAGAUUCUCUGCCAGACACCCGAAAUCGAAGACUCCCCGAUUGUUGCAGCUAUCAAAAGGAUUUUAUAUGCUACAGAUGGCGACGCAUCGGUAGUGACUGAAGCUCAAGCCAUGCUGUCACUUGACCCCAAGGAAGCAGAGGCAUUGAGUCCAAUUGCUGAGGCAUCGGAAGAGAAAUCCGGUUCUGAGACCCAGAAGAGGAAAAACAUUUUGAACACUGAUGUAGAUGCUGCCGGAAUCAUAACCUUGUCUCCAAGGCAAAGGCUUACUGAUGCUUCUGAUGUUCACUGCAGUGGGUCACCUCUAAUGACUUAUUAAAGUGCAACCAACUAAAAGACUUCUCAAGACCUGCUUGACAAUACAGUAUUGUCAAAAAUCUUAGCCGUAUAUUUUGCAAUUCUAUCUGUUGUUUCUAUAGUCCAACCAAGGGUGUCUAGGAAUGUUUAGGACAUGACAUGAUAUAAUCCUUCAUCCGAAUUUGUUUGCAAUGUCUAAUUGGAUCAUGUUGUGCACUAGGAAGAUGUAAGAAUAACAUGCUACUCUAUGCAUAUCCAUUCUGCUUCAGUUCAUUUUUAGCUAGACACCUCUCCUUUUUUAGAUGUUUCUUUGUUAUGGAAUUAUAUAGGCUUUUAAAUUUUAAAUACAAGGUGUGAUAUAUGGGAAUGAAUCAUAGUUUUUUUGAGAUUGUCCAA